GUUCGCUUGAUGGGAUGGGUUCCAACGUACAAAUGAAAAAUAAGUUUCUCACUAGGCGGCUAUCGCUUCUCGGUUUUACCGCGCUAACACCGAGAAUCGUCGAUAUUACGGUUCUGCUAAUAUUGAAGUCUCUCAAUAUUACCGUUGUCGUAAUAUUUUGCAAGUUUAACACUCGCGUGCCCGAAUAUUAUUACUCUACUAAUAUUCUGCCAUUCUUAAUAUCUUCACCGCUUCGUGGUGUCGCAUUAGUCAGGAAUCUGUAGUGAUUAAAUUCAUUUUCUUGCAUCGCUGGAAUUUUGAAGCGGACUUUCCCCAUCAGUCCUUAGUAUCCCUGGUAGGAAGAGCCAUCUACAUCAGUGAACCAUCCACGUUGAGGUUCCUACAUCUGAAUCCCUUUUAUGUCGAGCUUUCUA